CAAAAGUGUCUCUUUCUUGUUCUUUGUUCAGUGGAGAUCUCUUUGGAAUCGAAAGGAUCUAACUAAGAAAUGGAUUGGCAAGGGCAGAAAGUGGUGGAGCAGCUGAUGCAGAUCUUACUGGUGAUCUCCGGCGUCGUCGCGGUGGUCGUUGGCUACGCAACGGAGUCGUUCAGGGCGAUGAUGCUGAUCUACGCAGGUGGUGUUGUUCUCGCGACGCUGAUCACCGUGCCUAACUGGCCGUUCUACAAUCACCAUCCUCUCAAAUGGUUAGAUCCGAGCGAAGCCGAGAAGCAUCCCAAACCACAAGUCGUCGCCAAGAAGAGAUUCUCCAAGAAGUAGGUCUGAUGAAUCUCUCUCUCUCUCUCGGUUGCGGAUAAUGAAAUGAAUUUUUGGUGUUUUUUUUUUUAGGGAUUAAACUCUUUUAACAUUUAAGUUGUUCGUCAAAGGAAUUUGCUUUUUUAAUGAUUUGUGGUAACAUUGAGUGAUGAAUGAGUUAGAAACUUUCGAUUUAGAGCUUGUCUAAUAAAUGCAUAAACCAAUGCUGGUCUUGAUGA